GACUGUGAGUUGGAUAUCGCGAGCUUUGGCGCCUCCACACACUUUAGUCGGUCGUCAGUUGUGACCGUGUCCAAGUGCUCUGUGCUCAGCUCUCGAGAACUCCCCCCAGGCGCCUCGUCAUCGCUUUCCUGCCCAGAGAAAGACACCACAGCAAUUGGAUAAUAUUCUAUUAAUAUUUCUCGCCAGAAAUUAAACAAUUCUCAACUAAUUCUUCAUUCUGUGCCCAAAGGAAGACAAUUUCAGCGAUGACGGACGUCGUUUGUGGCAAGUGUAACAAUCCAAUUACACAAAAUAUCCUCACAGCUCUUGGAAAAUCUUGGCACCCGGAGCACUUUGUCUGCAAAGUAUGCGAUCGACCCAUCUCGGAGGGAUCCUUUAACCAGAAGGACGGCGAACCCGUGUGCUCUGGCUGCUACAUCAGCAAAUACACGGACGUGUGCUAUGCAUGCAAGCAACACAUUUUAUCGCAGAAAGUAAUUAAGGCCAUGGACAAGACGUGGCACGAGGAACACUUUGUGUGUGGCGGGCCCUGCAAGAAGGCCCUGGUGGGGGCCUCCUUCUACGAGCGCGACGGACAGCCCUACUGCAAGGAUUGCUUUGAGGCCCAGUUCGCCUCUCGGUGUGCCGGCUGCUCCAAUGCGAUACUGGAGAAGGCCGUGAUCGCUCUGGACGUGAAAUGGCACAAGGAUUGUUUCAAGUGCCAGAAGUGCAAAGAGCCAAUUUCCGGCAACACCUUCGCCGUGCAGGACAAUAAGCCCCUCUGCACCGAGUGCGCCGGCAUUUAAGCCGCCUCCCCAGCUUUUCAGAGCUUCUAAACGCAAGAAAUUCACAUCAAUAUAAUAUUUAUCCGCGACACAGAUAAUUUGUUGCCAUUAAAUUGUUAUGUCUUCAA